AUGGUCAUGGUCGUGGUCAUGAUCGUGGCCAUGGUUAUGGUUAUGAUCGUGGUCAUGCUUAUGGUUGUGAUCGUGGUCAUGUUUAUGGUCGUGGUUAUGGUCAUGUUUAUGGUCAUGAUUGUGGUCGUGGCCAUGUUUGUGAUCGUGAUCAUGGUUAUGGUUAUGGUCAUGAUCAUGUUUGUGGUCGUGGUCAUGGUCGUGGUCAUGGUUGUGGUCAUGUUUGUGGUCGUGGUCAUGGUUGUGGUCAUGGUCGUGGUUGUGUCCAUUUCGGCUUUCAUUUGGGUUGGUAGAGUUGUUUCUGUUCCCUCGUUUCAUCGCAUUUGA